AUAUAUGCGGGCGAAUAGGUUUCUGUCCAGGAAGUUGCAGCUGCAUUGGCUGUUGUCUGCACGAAACUACUGCUAGCGUAAAGCCAACGCCGGACAGCUAUGAAAGAGUCUUCAUUAUCGCUUCUGUUUUUUUACGUUUUCUAUUGCGGUCUUGGAAACGAACAUUGCGAUGCAGCUCGAAUAUCAAAGCGCUCCGACGAACCUAUGCAAAGUGUUUUGGAUCUGUUCAAUGUAACUGAGUCUGGCAAAAAAGACGCCUUUCAGUCAACGGUUCGUCCUCGCAUUGUCACAGACGUCAACCUGGGCGGUCACCACCUAGCGGAGAUAUUCGAAGACACCAACUCUAGCGAAAUUGUCAGCUGCAAUCUCAUCGGUAGCAAGGAACUCAUUGAAAAUAUCUUGGAGUCUAUUCCAUCUGAGAAUGUUACAAACUUAUCAAUCGAAGAAAUGGAUCAGUUCAUCGACAAGUGUGAGGACAGAGACACAUCACAGGAAGGGUCUUCCCUUUUAGACAGUCUGGGCGAUGCAUUCCAUAGCCUUGUCAUCUUCCCAGGAACGAAGUGGUGCGGUCCCGGUGAUGUGGCGAAAAAUUACGACGAUUUGGGAAAGGCCAGCGACACCGACCGAUGCUGCCGUGAGCAUGACCACUCUGAAGACAACAUACCGGCAUUUGGGACAAAGCACAACAUCACGAAUUACUUACCAUACACAAUGACCGAGUGCACUUACGACAAGAAAUUUUUCAGCUGCCUACAAAACGUGAGCAACCUGGCUUCCGUGACAGUGGGAGUCUUGUUUUUCGACGUGCUGAAAACGAAGUGCUUCGAGUAUGGCUAUCCGACCGAGUGCGCAGAAUACAACUACUGGCGCCUUCUUUUACUGGACAAUCCUUGCGUAGAUGAAGAGCCGGACACGUCUAAACCGAAGGAGUGGCACAUCGAGAGUCCACCAAACUUUUUAGAGACAUACAUCGAAAAAAAGCGGGACGAAAAACGUAAGGAAUCUUCGGAAUCAGAGGAAAAUGAAGUUUAAUUCUCAACGGAGCAAACGU